AUGGACAAGCUCCUCCAUCAUCAUCUCCUUAAGCAGCAGGCGAUCCUGAGUAAAGCGGCAGGUGCGGGUCCAAAAGCCUAUAUGAAGUUCUCACAAAAAACUGAGAUCGUCAAGCGAGAUGAUCCUCAACUGGUUCUCAUCAUCGAUAGCCAGCAGUUGCCCGUAGCAUCUACAGCCUUCACUUGCUAUAUCUCCUCCACAGGUCAAUUAGCUGUUUUGAUUACCCUCUGUGUGGUUAAUUAUUGGAUAAUCGCCACUGCAGCUCAAAAAAGCUUUAGUGUUGUUGACUAUGGAGCUGUGGGUGAUGGCAGAAGAAAUGAUGCCAAUGCAUUUUUGAAGGCAUGGAGUGACGCAUGUAAUUUUGCAAGUGGUGUUCCUACCAUCUUUAUUCCUCAAAGAAAAACAUUUUUGGUGGAACACUUGACUUUGAAGGGCCCUUGCAAGGCUAACAAAAUCAAUGUAAAGAUUCACGGUAAUAUUAAAGCACCAAACAGCCCCUCAGCAUGGAAUGGGAUGGACUCAAGUCGAUGGAUUUGGUUCGAUGGCAUCAAUGGACUCACCAUCAGUGGUCCCGGUCUGAUUGAUGGCCAGGGCUCCCUCUGGUGGAAACAAUCAUGCAGAUAUAAUAAUUCCCCGGGAUGCACCUCUCUUGCUCCAACCGCGCUUUGGUUCUCUAGCUGCAAACGACUCACCCUAAAUAACAUGAAUCUGGCAAACAGUCCCCAAACCCACAUCCUCCUUAUUGGGUGUCAACAUGUCCUAUUCAAUACCAUAAAGAUAAAGGCACCAGGGUCGAGCCCUAACACCGAUGGCAUUCACAUCCAAUCUUCUCAAUUCGUGAACAUCUAUCAUUCAAACAUUGAGUCUGGUGAUGAUUGUAUUUCCAUUGGGGAUUUCACUUCCCAUAUAAUAAUCAAGUCUGUUAAUUGUGGUCCUGGUCAUGGUAUAAGCAUUGGAAGCCUAGGCAAGGGACCCAAUGGGCCAACGGAAGCGCAAGUGGAGAACAUUACUGUGAGUGAUGGACACUUUGUGGGUACUACCAAUGGCGCAAGGAUCAAAACAUGGCAGGGUGGACGUGGUUACGCCCGAAAAAUAACAUUUGAACAGCUAAAUUUCAUCAAUGUAAAGAAUCCUAUUAUCAUUGAUCAAAGUUAUUGCGCAGUAGCGGGUGCAUGUGAAGAACAGCCAAGCGGUGUUCAUGUAAGCGAUGUAACCUACAGAGGAAUUAGAGGAACAUCAAGUACUAAAGAGGCUGUGAAUUUCAAUUGCAGUCAUGCCAUCCCCUGCACCGGAAUAUUAAUGGACAAAGUAGAGUUGGUUCCGGCUAAAUCUGGUCAGAAUCUCAUUUCUAGAUGUGCCCAUGCUUAUGGAAGGGCUGAAGGAGCAUGCCACCCUCAAAGCUGUCUAAAAGCAAGCUGAUAUCACUUUGAGAUUUUCCCUGUGGUGUGUAGUGUUUGUAAGAUUUAUUUGCAAAUUUAUGUAUUGCUCCAGGGAAUUAGGAAAGGGAGAUUCACAUUGUUUCAUAAAAUGGAUAAUGGGAUCGAGUUAAACUACUCUUGAUGAAUCCUUUCUGUAAACAAAUAUUCAA